AACACGCCGUGCAGAAAAUAACCAUAAUUUUUGUUUCUUUGUUUAUUGUGAUAUUUGUGAUAACUUUAGACAUGAAAUGUUAAUUUCUCCCUCGAUCAAAAAAAAUAAAUAGAAUAGAGUAAACCACAGCGAUCAAGAGUAUAAGAGAUACUCGCAAAACAAUGGCGAGCAUCAGUCAUUGUGCUUUUUCUCACGACACUCAGUACCUGGCCUUUUGCAGUACAGAUGGUAAAUUAAAGAUUUGGGAGACCUCGACAAACCGCCUGAAGCAGGAAUUCGUACCUAAUCUCCACCUGUCCUCGCCCUGUAGUGUCUUGGAAUGGAUCACCGUUGGAACUCAAUCAACCACAGCGGCUUCACCAUGGAAAAAACGCAGAAAGAAGUCGGUGAGCGAAGAUGCAGAACACAAAGAAAUCAUUGCCAUGGGCUCAGCAAAUGGAAGCAUCAGCCUGUAUGAUAUUUCUACUUCAUCAAUCAGCGACAAACUUACAAACGGACACAGUUCAACAGUCACAGCACUAACAUGGUCUCAUAAUGCUGGAUUCUUUACAGCAGCAGAAGACAAACACAUCAUUGAAUGGAACUUACAAGAUAAAUCAGUGAAAUGUAAAUGGAAAUCAGGUAAAUCUACAGCUCUCACUGUUUUGCCGGAAGGAAAGUCACUGCUGUCUGGAGAUAAAAAAAUAAAAUGGUGGGACCUAGAAACCAAACAGAUCCUAGGAACAUUCACAGGCCAUGCCAAUCAAGUAACUGCUUUGAGGUGUGCAAAAGUUGGUCAAGAAACGAGUUAUUUAUUUAGUAGUGCUAGUGGUGAUGAUUAUCUUAGUGUUUGGUCCCUAAAUGAGGUGAAAAAAGAUAAAAUGCCAGUAGGAACACUUAUUCUACCAGAUGAGGUUCUUUCCUUCUCCAUAAGAGCCACAAAAGAAUCACAUGUCAUGGUUCUGUCAGUCACGAGGUCAGGGCAUGCACAAAUUUUCAAAUAUCAACCAAAUGGCACUUCUACCAAACCAAGUAAACCAACACUGAACGUCUGGGUAACUGCUGAUGCUGGACAAAAAGAAUCGGUUCAACAAAUUCCUAUUCUAAUAGCAAACUUAACGGAAGAUUUAAAAAUGGUGUUGGCAUAUGGUUCAUUUUUGGGUCUGACUAUAGAAAAAGUUGAGCCUGACUUUUCUGAUGGAGUACAAUGCCUUGUUAGAACAAAUCUUAAGAAAACAAAAGAAAAGAAAGAGGAAGCUGUUACAAAAGUAAAAAAUUUAGAUAUUAACAAUGACAAAGUAGAAUAUAUUGGACCAGCAGAUGUAGGAUCAUCGACCUUAAAAAGAACGAAAUCUGGUCCUGAUUCACAAAUCCCAUUGCAGAGUAGGUUAGAUAAUUUAAGUUUAAAUGCAGAAGCAAGUACUCCAGACAGGACAACGUCAAAAGGUGAUAACAUGGCACAGUUGUUAAUGCAAGGUCUGCACAGCGAAGACAAAGACAUUCUGUCCAGUGUGCUGCUAAACAAGAGGGAAAGCGUUAUUAAGAACACAGUAGCCAAGCUUCCUGUUCAGGCGAUUGUUCCACUACUAAAAGAACUCACGACAAUGCUGGAAGGAAAAACUUUCCCGAGUAAAAUAGCAGUCAUAUGGUUAAAAGCAAUAGUUACUACACAUGCAGCACACAUGAUUUCUCAACCAAGAAUUCGGGACGCCUUAGCUCCUAUUCUUAGUAUAAUUGAUGCAAAACAAAUGCUUUUGGCAGAUUUGUCCAAGUUAAAAGGAAGAGUUGAUCUCGUGGUAUCACAAAUUUCGAGAUCUAAAAAGCAGGACAUAACUGAUGAAUGCUUGUUGGUUUACCAAGAUCAAGACUCAUCAGAAGAGGACAUCGACUUUGGAAAAGUCGAACUUGGCAGCGAAUCGGAUGAUAAUUGGGAAGAAACGUCGGAUCAAGAAAGAAUGCAGGAGGAUGUAGAAAACGGAAAAUCUGACGAAGAUGCCUCGAUUUACAGUUCUGAUUAAAAGUUGUACGGUUUACCGUACACCUUCUCCUUGAAGACGGCAUAAGUUCCAUUGUGUGAAAACUGUGUAAAAUACGGAAGUUGUCACCUCUUUUUUUUUUUUUUUUUUUUUUUUACUAACAUUUCAACUUUCAUUUUAAAAACCUUCAACUCAGCUGUGAAUUGUAACACAAACAGUGUAUACGAGAUCACUAGCAAACGUAAUUUCAUUAUUAUCUGAUUGAGGUGGUGAACAAUGUAUUUAAAGCGCACUAUAAAAUAUAUUGCAGUU